CACUUUUCGCACUUCGCCUUCCAGAGCUUUCACCGGUCAAGUUCCUUCUCUUUCGCUAUCCAGCCCUCCGAGUCAAGUAAGUUUCCCCUUCCUCCUCUACUUUCUUUCCCGGUCAUGUCUUCUUCUAGCGAUAGGAUUUCGUCCUCAGAGGACCGCUCCUCUGAGGACUCCAACUCCUCCUCCUCGACCGGGUCUUCUUCUCUUGACUCCACGCCCGGUCAGGUUCCCAACUCCUCUAUUCCCGACCCGCAUCCUGUUAACCAGAUGACCGGUGAAACUUUCGUGGGGAGGGAUGACCCGGUCGAUGACGAACCGGGUCCCUACGACCCUGAAAACGAAACCCGGGAUGCAUGGGAGGAGCGGCUUCAUGCUGCCGGUUACUUUCCGCUUCCCACUUUCUACGUCCUUGACAUCCCUUCCCGUGUAUCCAAAAUCGCUCUGAAUAAAAUUCGUAGGAGGCUCCCGGAUGGGUAUACCCUCCUGUAUGAACCCAACUGGCCCAACAUUGUCGAACCCCACCGGGAGGAUAGGAUAGGGUUCCAUACCAUAUCACUGGAUGCGGGCAUAGUUUUUCCCCUUCGCCCCCUCCUUACCGAAUCCUACCGGGCGGAUCUGGCUGCGAAGGCUUUGUAUUCUUCAAAGCCCGUACCGGUAGGAAGUUCAUUUCCGAAGUCCCCCAAGAGUAACCGGGGAUGGAAGGAAAAGUUUGUUUUCAUCGAGUUUCCCCCCUUUGUCACUCCUUUGGCUGGUCUGAAAUGGAACGACCAUCUCCUCCACCAAGAGUAUGCUGCAUCGGCUUCCUCCCCAGACUUGGAAGCGAAUCUUGAGGUCCUCAUGCGCGGGGAUCCUUUCACCGGGAGGAUCUUCCAUUAUGGCAGCUGGGUUUGGAGGGUGGAGUCGGGUGGUGAGGGUACCUCCCAGGCCCAUGAAGCAGCGGGGCGCGGGGUACCCUCCCCGGGCAACACUGCAGAGGCUGAGGGCCAGAACCACCCAGAUAUGGAGUUCGAAGAGUUCGCCAUCCCCGACGACCAACCAGCGGGAGACACCGGGAGCUCCCAAGCCAACCCUGCCAGAACCUUCCUGGUCCACCAAGAGACCGUGGAGAUUUUGGAUGAGGACGAACCCCAAGACAACCGGUCUAAGGGGAAGGAAAAAGAGAAGGCCGGUCGCCGGACCAAGAAGGUUGGGGAGAUUGGCCCCAUCACCGCCGACCGGUUGGGAAUGGACUCUCCCACCGAGGUGGCCAGGCUGAAGAAGAAGAACGAAGAGUUGGCCCUCAUCCUAAAGAGCCAGACGGAUGAGUUGGCCAAGUUGUCAAAGAUGGCCGGGUCCUUGGGAGCCGAGAACACCCGGUUGAAGGAGGAGAACGGUCAGCUGCUGGACGAGGUCUCCGAAACCAAAAGGGAGAUGGCGGAAAAGGAAGAAAACUUCCCCGGGCGCGCAGCUGCCUGGGUUGAGGAAAACAAAGCCGAAGUUGCCCGGGUGAUGACGGCGAGCCCAGAAGCGACCAUGGAAUCCUUCAGGCUUCUGUACAGGGAGCCUGAAGGAAAGAAGAUGAUAACCACGAUUGGGUCCUUUGGAUUCAAAAGCGGCCAAAAGAAAGACCGGGCAGCCUCCCACCGGAUCCUUCUGAAGAGAGACCCGGCCUUCACCGCGGCUUCCUACGGCCUGGCUCCCAUCCCGGAGGAAGAUCCAACUCCCCCUUUCCCCCUAGAUUAGGAUCUCCCCGGCUGCGCCCGGUUAUUUUUGUAAAACUUGAAACCUUAUCAAUUUCCCCGGGUAUGCCCGGUGUAUUUGUAAACAUUUAACAUGCUUGUUCCGUUUGAAUGCCAUGUUUGUUUUCCUACCCGGUUAAUCUUCCAUAUCUGCUUGCUUGUUGAUUUAUACUUCGCUCUUGCUUCUUAGAAUACCAUCAUAGAAAUUCUGACCGGUACAUAAAUCAGGCCACUUCUC